AUGGCAGACAGCGCAGCAGCUCCUCCAGCACCACUACCACCAACAGCCGCAGCCCCGCCCGAGCCCGCUCCCUCGACCUCGACCUCGUCCACCUCCGCCUCAGCUCCAGCACCGCCGCAGCCCACACUCGACCGCGAUGCGCGCAAGCUGAUCCGUGCUGGCGACAACGUCCUCCUCAAGCUCCCCUCGGGCGUCCUCAAGCCCAUAAAGCUCAACCCGGCCUCGUGCAUCUCGCUCGGCAAGUACGGCACCUUCACUGGCGGCGAGCUCGUCGGCAAGGCCUACGGCCACACGUACGAAGUCCGCGACGGCGGCAAGCUCCAGCAGCUCCGUGUCACGCUCAACGAGAUCGAGGAGACCGAGGCCAACAACGAGUUCAUCGCGUCGCAGGGCGCACAGACGCUCUCGCCCGACGAGAUCCAGGCGCUCAAGGACAGCGGCCUGUCGGGCAGGGAGAUCAUCCAGAAGCAGAUCGAGGAGCACAAGUCGUUCGAGCUCAAGACCGAGUACUCCAAGGAGAAGUACCUCAAGCGCAAGGAGGCCAAAUGGAUGCAGGUCUUUACGCCGCUCGAGCCGACCGUGCACCAGAUGGCCCAGUUCCACUUCGACAAGCAGCCGUCCAAGACGCGCGAGCUGCGGCCCGACACGCUCGCCAACAUGCUCGCCAUGGCCAACGUGCGCCCGGGCAGUCGGCUCCUCGUCGUCGAGGACAUGGGCGGCAUGAUCGUCGCCGCCGCCGUCGAGCGCAUGGGCGGCAAGGGCCGCAUCAUGGUCGUCAACGACGCCGACUCGCCGCCCGACCUGCACCUGCUCGACACGUUCAACUUUGGCGCCGCCGAGACGAGCCCGAUCGUGUCGCUGCACUGGGCCGCGACCGACCCGUCCUGGAGCCCGCCCGACCUGCCCCUCGAGGCGGCCAAGCGCAACAACUCGCGCGACGUGCAGAAGCUCAAGAAGCGCAGGGCGGCGUUCGACAAGGCGCGAGAGGCGCGCGAAGAGUUCCUCACCGGCGGCUUUGACGGCGUCAUCAUCGCGGCAGAGUACGAGCCGUACUCGGUCAUCGAGCGGUUGCUGCCGCGCAUCGGCGGCUCGGCGUCGGUCGUCGUCUACUCGCCCCACCUGCCUCUGCUCCUGCCCGUCCUCCUGCGCCUGCGCCAGCACCCGGCCAUCAUCGCGCCGACGAUCCACGAGCCGUUCCUGCGGCAGUACCAGGUCCUGCCCGGGCGCGCGCACCCCGAGAUGCAGGGCAUGGCGAGCGGCGGCUACAUCCUGAGCAUGGUGCGCGUGUGGGAGAACGACGAGGCGAACGCGGUGGGCGUCGGGAGGACGAGGGGCAAGCGCAAGGCUGGUGCGAGGGACGGCGCGGCGGCGAGUGGGACGAGGACGUCGAAGGAGGUGGGUGGUGACGAGGCGGCGAGGAAGAGGGCAAAGGUCGAGGACGACGCGGCGGGUGCGAGCGCGACCGGCGACUCGAUGGUCGUCGACGGCGAGGCGGCAUGA